GCGUUCCUGAGGCCUGAGCUGCUGGGGAAGGAGUUCACCUACCUGGAGUUCCCCCGCAGGAUCCAGCCCAAGGAGCUGGGGAAGAAGAUGCUGUACAGAGACCAAAACAUGAGCGGCUGGGCUUACAAAAAGGUAGAAGAGGAUGACCUGAAGUUCCCACUUAUCUACGGGGAAGGCAAAAAGGCUCGGGUGAUGGCCACAAUUGGGGUCACGCGGGGCCUGGGAGACCAUGACCUCAAGGUGUUCAGCUCCAACAUCCACAUCAAGCCUUUUCUGUCCUGCUUCCCGGAGGUCAGGGUUUAUGACCUCACGCAGUACGAGCACUGCCCUGAUGACGUUCUGGUCUUGGGCACCGAUGGGCUCUGGGAUGUCACCAACGACAAGGAGGUGGCUGAUGUGGUGAUGGAGGUGCUGACAAGCUACGAGCCCAAUGACCCGUGCAGGUACACCAUGGUGGCCCAGGAGCUGGUGGUGCGGUCCAGGGGUAUGCUGAAGGAGCGGGGCUGGCGGCUGGCCAACGACAAGCUGGGCUCUGGUGAUGACAUCUCUGUCUUCGUGAUCCCUCUGGGUGGCCCAGGCAACUACACGUGA